AUGAGACAUUUGUGGACCUUGAUGCUGCUCAUGACUGCCUCGACUCAGGCACAGCAUCGUAAUUUAUAUGGUGGCAGCUAUGGCGGGAAUUAUGGUGACUACAAUGGCGGCUACAUAAGGAACAGCAAUAUAGGAGGACCCUUUGGGCAAGGUAGAGAGGGAUUAAUUAGGGGCAGUAACAGUGGAGGACCAUUCAGGACUAAUACCUAUCAGCAAGAUAUAUAUGGAUCCCAAGGCAGAGAAGGAUUGAUAAGAGGCAGCAACACUGGAGGACCAUUCAGGACUAGUACCAAUCAGCAAGAUAUAUAUGGAUCCCAGAGUGGUUCACCUAUUGGAAAUAAUGCUGGUGAUGGACUGAUUGUCGGGGGUAGCAAUGGAGGAACGAAUGAAGGACCAUUUGGCCAAGGCAGAGAAGGAUUAAUAAGAGGCAGCAAUACUGGAGGACCAUUCAGGACUAGUACCAAUCAGCAAGAUAUAUAUGGAUCCCAGACUGGUUCACCUAUUGGAAAUAAUGCUGGUGAUGGACUGAUUGUCGGGGGUAGCAAUGGAGGAACGAAUGAAGGACCAUUUGGCCAAGGCAGAGAAGGAUUAAUAAGAGGCAGCAAUACUGGAGGACCAUUCAGGACUAGUACCAAUCAGCAAGAUAUAUAUGGACCCCAGAGUGGUUCACCUAUUGGAAAUCAGGCUGGGGAUGGACUGAUUGUCGGGGGUAGCAAUGGAGGAACGAAUGGAGGACCAUUUGGCCAAGGCAGAGAAGGAUUAAUAAGAGGCAGCAAUACUGGAGGACCAUUCAGGACUAGUACCAAUCAGCAAGAUAUAUAUGGACCCCAGAGUGGUUCACCUAUUGGAAAUCAGGCUGGGGAUGGACUGAUUGUCGGGGGUAGCAAUGGAGGAACGAAUGAAGGACCAUUUGGCCAAGGCAGAGAAGGAUUAAUAAGAGGCAGCAAUACUGGAGGACCAUUCAGGACUAGUACCAAUCAGCAAGAUAUAUAUGGACCCCAGAGUGGUGCACCUAUUGGAAAUCAGGCUGGGGAUGGACUGAUUGUCGGGGGUAGCAAUGGAGGAACGAAUGAAGGACCAUUUGGCCAAGGCAGAGAAGGAUUAAUAAGAGGCAGCAAUACUGGAGGACCAUUCAGGACUAGUACCAAUCAGCAAGAUAUAUAUGGACCCCAGAGUGGUGCACCUAUUGGAAAUCAGGCUGGGGAUGGACUGAUUGUCGGUGGCAGCAGCGGAGGACCCUUUGGAGAAGCACAAUCCAGAAAAAUUAGACAAGGUAAUAGUGGAGGACCAUUUGCAGUUAAAGUCGAUCGGGACGGUAUUAUACGUGGAAAUCAAAAUGGAGGUCCAUUUGGAAAUACUGGAACUCAGUCUGGAUUGAUAAAUGAGGGCAGCAGUGGAGGACCCUUUGGCCAAGGUAGAGACGAAUUAAUCAGAGGCAGCAGUAAUGGAGGACCCUUUAGCCAAAGCGGUGGUCCUUUUGGAAAUCAUGCUGGAGACGGACUGAUAAGUGGUGAAAGCAAUGGCGGACCUUUGGGAUGA